AUGGAUGUACUUGCAUCCGUGAAAGGCCAUCGUACGUCUAAAUCUGGUGCCAAGGUAAAUAAAAAAAAGCGCAAAGCUUUUGAAAAGCAAGAAAAGGAACAGCCAUCGCUUGCUGAACAACGCAAGAAUUCCAAAGCUUUUGGUGUUGCAAAAGCUGGUCGAGCACGUAAAACCAUCCAGCGUAAUUUAGAUCGUGCACAUCGGAAGGAAUAUGUACCACAACUUGAUCGUAGUGAAGAAUUACCACCACCUAUCUCGGUUGUGGUCAUGGGUCCACCUGGUAGUGGUAAAAGUACUGUAAUACGGUCACUAGUAAAACGAUAUACACGGCAUAAUCUUGUCGAGGUGAAAGGACCAGUGACGGUUGUCAGUGGUAAAGACCGUCGUAUUACCUUUUUCGAGUGUCCUAAUGAUCUCAAUGCGAUGAUUGAUUUAUCUAAAAUUGCUGAUCUCGUGCUAUUGCUCGUGGAUGCAAGUUUUGGUUUUGAAAUGGAAACAUUCGAGUUCCUUAAUAUCCUUCAGGUGUCUGGUUUUCCCAAGGUAAUGGGUAUAUUGACUCAUUUGGAUACGUUUAAGAAGAACAAGAGUCUUCGAAAGACUAAAAAGAGACUGAAAGCACGGUUCUGGACAGAGAUUUAUCAAGGCGCAAAACUUUUUUAUUUCUCAGGUAUCUUUGCCAACAAGUUUCCAAAAGGCGAGAUUAACAAUUUAUCCUUGUAUAUCUCAAGAAUGAAGUUUCGACCACUUACAUGGCGCAAUUCACAUCCUUAUAUGCUUGCCGAUCGAUUUGAAGAUGUUACCAUACCUCAUGAAAUUCAAUGUAAUCCAAUGGUUGAUCGACGGGUGACAUUGUAUGGAUAUUUACGUGGUACGCACUUGAAACCUGGUAUGAAAAUGCAUAUUGCAGGUGCAGGUGAUUUCUAUAUGGACAAUAUCACGGCCAUGCCCGAUCCAUGCAAUAUACCGUCUAGUAAAAAAGGUGUCGAUGGUAUUGUCAAGAAAAAACAUUUGACUCAAAAAGACACGCUCUUAUACGCACCAAUGUCCGAUGUUGGUAACAUUAUGUACGAUAAGGACGCUAUGUACAUUAAUCUGAGUCAACUGAACUAUACGAACCCCGACACUGGAGAUGUUGUGACUGAGGAACAGGAUGCAGAUGAGGUCAGUGGCAAAAGUAGCAUGCGUAUUGGACUAGGUGGAGAAGGUGUGGAGAUGGUCCAAAGUAUGCAAAAGAUGGACGUUGGUCUUGAUGAAAGGCUAGAGGGUGCAAGUCUGUCACUUUUCAAAAACACUGCUGCGAUUCGUGCAGACGAAGUCGACAGUGGUGGCGAGGAAGAGGAAGAUGACACCGAUGACGAUGGUGACGACGAUGAUGAUGAUGAUAGACAGCCCAAUAUUGGCAAGCCUAAGGAGGCUCUUGUCCGUGACAGUACUGGUCGGAUGCGGCGGCGGGCAGUUUUUGACGAGAGCGAGGAACCGAGUGCAGCCAUGAGCAGUGAUGCCGUUUCUGAUGCUGAAGAUGAUGAUGAUGACAGUGACGAUGAUGGCCAUAGUGACGACGAAGAGGAGAACGAGGUCACGGAAGAGCAGUCCCAGCUGAGGUGGAAGGAGGACAUGGUGUCCCGUGCCGCUGCUAAUUUCCUGGAGCGCGAACAGGCUGAUGUGAACCUUAUGGAGCUUGUAUAUGGAGAUUGCCAAAAGCUGCACAUGACCGAGGAUGAUGUGGAAAACGAGAAGGAGGAAGCCAGGAAUGGCAAAGGCACGGCAGAGGAAGAUGGCGAAGACGAUGGUGACAGCUUUUUUACGCUGAAGCGGAAAUCUGAUGCGUCGGGAGUGUCUUUGUCAGCAUCCAAAAAAUACAAUGCAAUUAAUGCGAUGGAUUGCUCACGUUUGCAUCUGGGCACUGAUGACGGAAACGACUGGACAAUGCCGGAUGUCCUAGAGAACAUUCGUAACCGGUUUGUGACUGGAUCGUGGAAACGUGUUAGCAAAAAACGUAACAACGACGAUGACGAAGAGGAUGUUGAUAAUGUCAAUGCCAACCCAAUGAACGAUGAUGACAUGGACGGCUCGUUCGAAGAUCUGGAGACCGGUGAGGUGCACAAAGGUGCUGAUGGUGUUGAUGAUGGUACCAGCAGCCUCGGGGGGAGCGAUGACGAGGGCAAUGAGGAAGAGACCGAUGAACAGAUUCGCGAGCGUCUUCGUGCGCAAAAGUUAGCAAAGCGAGUAGAGGAUGAUGACGACGACGUGGAAGUGGGCGGUCAAAAGAAGAGCAAGGAUGAUGAAGAUGAAGAGCUGACAGCAGUUAUGGUCGAAGCCAAGCGCCUUCGCGAUGAACAGGCACAGCGCAAUGCUGAAGAGUUUGGCGAAGAAGGUGAGGACAUGCGCCUUCAGCUGGAAGGUUUUCGUAAUGGACUGUAUGUCCGAAUUGAGUUUUCAGGCGUGCCCGCUGAAUUUGUCCGGUAUUACGAUCCAAAGAAUCCGAUCGUUGUGGGUGGUCUGCCCAACAUGGAGGACACCCUAGGGCUCGUCCGUAUGCGUUUUAAGAAACACCGAUGGCACAAGAAGAUUCUGAAGACGAACGAUCCGCUGGUAUUCUCGAUUGGCUGGCGACGGUUUCAGAGUCUACCUUUAUAUUCUAUUGAAGACACGAAUGAGCGCCAUCGUUACUUGAAGUACACACCUGAACACAUGCAUUGUCACGCCACGAUUUUUGGACCCAUGUGCCCUCCCAACACUGGUGUUUUGGCAUUUCAGACAUUGUCGAAUAACGCGGAAGGAUUCCGUGUCAGUGGCACUGGCGUCGUGUUAGAACUGGACCACAAGUUUAAUGUGGUGAAGAAGCUUAAGCUGAUCGGUACACCGAGCAAAAUUCACAAGAACACUGCCUUUAUCAAAGGCAUGUUUAACACAGAGCUAGAAGUGGCCAAGUUUGAGGGCGCCAGUGUUCGUACCGUCAGUGGUGUGCGUGGUCGCAUUAAGAAGGCACUUCGUGGUGAGAAGGGUGACUUUCGUGCCACGUUCGAAGACAAGAUUUUGAAAAGUGAUUUGGUCUUCUGCCGUACGUGGGUGCCCGUUGAUCCGAAACAACUGUAUAAUCCGGUGACGUCUUUGCUUACAAAUGUCAAGAAUUUGAAGAAGAGUACGUUGGGGCUCAUGAAGACCACGUACGAGCUUCGCAAGGAGCAAAAGUUGGCAGUACCUGUCAAUCCGGAUUCACUUUACAAACCUAUCAUGCGUACUGAGCGCAAGUUUUCUGCGGUGAAGGUACCAAAGAAGCUACAGGCUAACUUGCCGUUUGCAAGUAAGCCUAAGGAGGAUAAGAAGAAGGGCGUGAAGAAGGGCUACCUGGCCAGCCGUGCAGUCGUGCUGGAGCCAGAAGAGAAGAAAAAGUAUGGUUUCAUGCUCCGCGUUAACACUGUACGCCGUGACCGUGAGGCCACUCGUAAAGAGCGGCAGAGCCAGCGAAACGCAGAGAACUUGAAGCGCAAACAGCGUGAGGAAAAGCAGUUUGAAGGCGUGCACAAAGCGGAGAAGAAGGCGAAGUAUCGUGCAGAAGGCAAGGAACUUGCGUAUCGUGCAAAAAAGGCAGCAGGUGGUUAG